UUUAUGCUUUAUUGGAAGUGUUGUCAAACUGUAUUUUUUUAGUUUUACAAGAGAACAGAAUUGAAGGCUGAAGACUAACUGGUUGUUUUGGCCCCACCUCCGUUAAAGACCUGCGCACAGCCGCUUCCGUGAGCUUUUCUAUGGUACCUUCCAGGAGUGGUUCUCCCAUGCACUAGAUAAGAAAGUCCUAAACGGGGCUAGUGCUCACCCCAUAAAAGGUUCAUCCAUGUGUCGUUGCCCAUUGGAGAUGGAGAAAUAGCUUUUACAGCACAAACGGUAGUAGCGGGUUAAUAAAUCAAGUGCACCGGUAAGUUUGUUGACGUCACGUGUUGUAGGUAUUGAUGGCUUCCCGCUCAACUCGCAUAGAGCACCGCUUACCUGGAGCAGUAUUCAGCUAAAGACUGUGAGAUGCCACCAAAGAAAAGGGCCAGAGUGAAUAAAAGAGCCUCAAAUGCUGGCAAAGAUGAUGCUUGUAAAACGGAUUCUUCCACAAAAGAAACAGCUGGCAGUAAAAGAAAAGUGGCAGCUUCUGUUGAAUCUGGCAAAACUAAGAAGAGCUCAGAAUCAGGUGGUUCUUCACAGUACUGCCACUGGCUAAUGAAGUCUGAGCCUGACAGCCGCUUUGAGAACGGGAUCGAUGUGAAGUUCGGGAUCGAGGAUCUGAAGGCUUUGCCUAAUCAGACCGGCUGCUGGGACGGCGUCCGCAAUUAUCAGGCGCGCAACUUCAUGAGGCAGAUGAAAGAAGGGCAGUUGGCUUUCUUUUACCACAGCAACUGCAAGGAACCGGGGAUAGCAGGAGUCAUGAAAAUUGUGAAAGAGGCUUAUGUUGACCACACUCAGUUUGAUAAGAAAGAUGUCCAUUUUGAUGCCACCAGUAAACCAGACAACCCCAAGUGGAGCAUGGUAGAUGUCCAGUAUCAAAGAAUGACGAAGCGUUUUCUUCCUCUGUCUGAGUUGAAAAAGUAUCACCUGCAGCAUCGCGCCGAAGGAGGGCCUCUUAAGGACAUGGCUCUUUUUACAAGGGCCAGGCUCUCUGUGCAACCCCUAACCACUGAGGAGUUUGACUUUGUCCUGAGUCUGGAGGAUGAAGAGCCCUUGUGAGGAUGUCAUGAGGCAGCAACCUGCUUUACAGUACUGCCAUGUUUUGUUCAUAGAGAUUAUUAAAUGUGUUUUUGUCAA